AAUGCGCCCCCUCCUCAUCAUUCCUCCUGUAGGAUGACUACAGGACCGUACCACAUGAGAUGUUAUUGUGCCGAUCAUGACCAAUCUCUAUUGAAGAGGAUGAUGAGAUAAGACAAGUGUAUAAUGGAUGUCAGGGAGACGAACGACCUGUCUUUGACGGGUGGGAUCAUUUUCGCGUCAAUCAGUGACGGAGGACUACUGCUGUGACCGAGAUGAGAGGAAUAACGUGUGCCGCAGUGCUUUUGACCCUCCUUCUGGGAUGCUCCGGGAUACAGAUCCGACCUCUUUACAUCGCUGGUUUCAUGGCCAACAGUAUUGAAGAUGUAGAUGCCUACAUUGCUGCCGGAGCUAAUGUUGUGGAGGCUGAUCUGUACUUUGACAAGAACAGCGGUCAUGCAACUGAAUUCUACAAAGGUACCCCAUGCGACUGCUUCAGACUCUGCGGCAAGAGAGAGAAUAUCAUCACCUACUUGCAACACAUUCAACAAAUAACAACACCAGGCCACCCCAAGUUCAAGGCAGAUUUUACUGGAAUCGUCAUCAUCAAUGCUCUCCUGGACACUACAUCCCAGCACGCAGAGGCUGGGAAGGAUAUGGCCAGCCUCCUGCGGAGAUACCUCUUUAGUAACCCCAACAACGCUAAGAUCGUGUUUGACAUCUCUCAUCCGACCUAUUGGUCCUUUGUGGACUCACUGGUGAAAGCGCUUAAAGACAGACAGAGGGAGGACAUCCUACCGAAGAUAGGCUUAAUAACCUCAGGAGGCAAAUUCUACAGCGAAUUCAUCCAGAAGGCGGAAGACACUGAACUAGGUCUCUGGAUGGGAGACGGCAUGACAAACUGCCUGGAGGACUUCUUUUCGACAGCUGAUGUCAAGGAGGGGUGUAGACUCCGUGAUGAGGGUAGGGGCGUCAGUAAGGUGAUCAGAUGGACUGUGGAUCUGCAGAGGAACAUAAGGAAUGCCAUGUGGAUGGGGGUGGAUGUGAUUGGGACCAAUGACGUCCAUGAUGUCCUUGCUGUGAUGAAGGAAGACGAAUUCCAAGGCCGCUACCGUCUUGCAACAGCUAAUGAUGAUCAUUUCGCCAGAGUCAAAGGAGUAGGGCCACAUCGAUUUGGAUGCCAUAAAAAAUCUUGGGUGCCAUUCACUAGUGCCUACACUUGCUGGAAAGACAAGGAUAGUGAAAACAACUGGUGCAACGUGGACAAAGACUGCACGAAAGUCAAGUCCAUCUGCAAAAGCGCAUUUGAUCUCCCUUGCAUGUAGGAGGGACACCAAUGAAUGUCAAUGACUUUAUCCAAGCUCCGAGGAAAAUUUAUCAUAGCAACAUGCAAUUUGUAAGGCAAAAUCCUAAUGACCAGCCAGAACAUCACAGUACUUUGGGGACCCAAAGUCAAGGGUGUUGGACCAAAUAUUUCAUCCAUUGCAUUCCCUUCUUCAGAAGAUUGUAACCAAAAUAUCGGAGUUCAAAUGUCAUAUGUAACUUGACAGAACUACUCAUUCAAUAAAGUUAUGAAAAGCA